CCUUUCCUCCCUUCCCUUCCUCAUCUUUCCCUCCUCUGUCAGUCGAGUUAGGUGUGCUGUUAAGCCCAGUACAGUUCUUGCCUUGGCCUUUCAAGAUGUCCUGGACUCGAGCCUUUGUCCUCUCUUUGCUCACCACCCUCCUCAUCCUCACCUUUUUCAGUGUGGUGGAAAGCGCAGCAGUACGGGACAACUCAAAACAAGCUGAUCCUAAAGCUGCAGCACGGCAGGUGUUCAUGCCUGAGCCGGACGCCUCCAACUUCUUCAAACGCCGUAGUCGCCGCUCAACCAGAUACUAUGAGCUCCAAGCUGAGCAGAGGGUAAAGAUUGCAGCCAACGAGCGGAGGAGGGAAUACAAGGAGGAACAGAGGAAUGAGUACGAGAACUACUUAGAGGAGGACCGGGAUGAGGUGAAUGAGAGAUCGAGGGAGACGAACGAGCAGUUGCGAGAGUAUCACUAUGAUGGCCUCUAUCCUCGCUACUACUGGUACCAUUGAGCUCCCUCCGCCGCGUGGAGGGCCGGGCUACGCCAGCUCUCACUGGAGCAGUGGUAACACCUCCAUCACCUUCACUAAAGGUGAUUGCUGACACGUGGAGAGCAAGUGCUAAAGUAAUCACAAAUAUUUUUCCGACUUUAACCUACAAAGUAAAGGCUCUCUUUUCUUUUGCUUUAUUUUUUUUUUAUACAACCUGAACUGUGCAAUAUGUGUCUCCAGGUCAAACUGUAAAGUGCAUUCAAAGUGCACUUUUUGUAUUGUAAGCUAAACAUUAUCAUAUUAAAUGGAGGCUUUAUGUUUUGCAUGUUUGUUUUUACUGCCUUUUACAUGUACAUACAAGCUAUACAAUGUCCUUUAUGUCAGUCUGAGGCAUUAGCAACAAUAAAUAAACUUCUUAUGAAAAGAAA